AUGAUCUACCUAAGUGCUGACAGUAUAGAUCCUACAGAUUUAGAUUCACUGAACAAUCCGAUAAUCACUCCAGAUUUCUUAAACAGUAAAAAGCUGUCAGGUUUGCCACACCAUGCUUUACGUUUGAAAAUUGGUGCGUCGGCUAUGUUGCUUAGGAACAUUGAUCCCAAAGGUGGGCUGUGUAAUGGAACUAGGCUCCAGAUUACUCAACUUGCUAAUCACAUUGUCGAAGCUAGAGUAAUAACAGGAGAUAGAAGUGGUGACAUAAUUUUAAUCCCUAACAUAAAUCUAACACCUUCAGAUACUAAACUGCCAUUCAAGAUGCAUAGAAGACAGUUUCCACUCUCUGUUGCAUUUGCUAUGACUAUCAAUAAGAGUCAGGGACAGUCUCUAGAGAAAGUAGGACUUUACUUGCCUAAACCUAUGUUCUCUCAUUGCCAACUUUAUAUUGCAUUGUCUAGGGUGCCUCAUUCUUAA